CAUGUUUUAGCUCACGCACGCAUUGCAGUGGAAAGAAGAAGCACGUGCCACAAAGUUAAGCAGGCAAAAAAGCAAACAAAUUGCAUUUGUUGCAAGAUAAGCAACAGCAAAGCUGCUAACUGCACCAACAGCAAAAUUGUAAACAAAACGGAGCCGGCGCCAACAUUGGCUGUAGAGUCAAACAUUAAGGUUAGUUGAAAGCGAAAACAAUAUUCGCCAUGGUGCCCAUUGGAGCCGUGCACACUGGCCAUCCCGGAGUUGUGCAUCAGCAGCAGCCGCCGCAGCCAAUGCCAACAGCGCCAAGUGGACCAAACACGCUGCAGCCCAGCUCAGCCUCAUCGACAUCCUCGAACACAACAUCAAACAAGAGUUCUAUGUCGGUCAAGCCCAAUUAUACGCUGAAAUUCACGCUUGCCGGGCACACCAAGGCCGUAUCUGCGGUCAAGUUCAGCCCAAAUGGCGAAUGGCUUGCCAGCUCAUCUGCGGACAAACUCAUAAAGAUCUGGGGCGCAUAUGAUGGCAAAUUUGAGAAGACUAUAUCCGGCCACAAGUUGGGCAUUAGCGAUGUGGCCUGGUCUUCCGAUUCGCGUUUGCUGGUCAGCGGCAGCGAUGACAAAACGCUUAAAGUCUGGGAGCUGAGCACCGGCAAGAGCCUGAAAACGCUAAAGGGCCACAGCAAUUAUGUGUUCUGCUGUAAUUUUAAUCCGCAAUCCAAUUUGAUUGUAUCGGGCAGCUUUGAUGAGAGCGUACGCAUCUGGGAUGUGCGCACGGGCAAAUGCUUGAAAACUCUACCCGCCCAUUCGGAUCCCGUUUCGGCGGUGCAUUUCAAUCGUGAUGGUUCAUUGAUUGUUAGCUCCAGCUAUGAUGGUCUAUGCCGCAUUUGGGACACGGCUAGCGGACAGUGCCUGAAGACGCUGAUCGAUGACGACAAUCCGCCCGUUAGCUUUGUUAAAUUCUCGCCCAACGGCAAAUACAUACUGGCAGCCACAUUGGACAACACACUGAAACUGUGGGACUACUCCAAGGGCAAAUGCCUGAAGACCUACACGGGCCACAAGAACGAAAAGUAUUGCAUAUUUGCCAACUUCUCCGUUACCGGCGGCAAGUGGAUUGUCAGCGGCAGCGAGGACAACAUGGUUUACAUAUGGAAUCUACAAAGCAAAGAGGUUGUACAAAAGCUGCAGGGACACACGGACACCGUGCUCUGCACCGCCUGCCAUCCCACAGAAAAUAUAAUAGCCUCUGCUGCGCUGGAAAACGACAAGACCAUAAAACUGUGGAAGUCGGACACAUAGAGCUGGUUGCUACCGCAUUGUGCAACAACGACAAAACACACACACACACACACACACACACAAAAUCACACACACACAUUUCUUUAAUAAUCUUAUUUUAAAACCAAUUACGUUUAAUUAACCUUUUUUUUUUUAAUCGAUUAAAACAAAAAAAGUACUCGUAAAACAUUAUUCAGGCUCGCAGCAGUAGCAAAAAGAAACAUUCUAAGUUACAAUUGCAAAACAAUUGCAGUUGUGUAUAUUUAAAUAUUUAUUAGCUAAUGUAUUGGCCAGUAAAAGAAACAUACUGAAAAUCCUUCAAUUUUUAUACUUUUUACCACAAUUGAAAACUAAAUUUAAGCAAUAAUCGACACACACAACUCACACACAUAAAAAACCAACAAGAGCAAGCGUGCAAGUGAAUGUAAAUUUAAAAUAAAACAAAAAAAUAAACAUAA